UAUAUGAAACGUCCGUCGCGACAUCACCCACCGCGCGGCUCGUCCCGGGCGCACCGACCAUAUUCAACAAGAUAUGACGGCAGACGCCCGCCGAUGAGCAAGAAAUGGAAGCGGCAGCAAACUUCCUUAUUGAUUAGCACGUCGUUAUUGGUCCGCAAUGUCCCAAAAGGUCUUCCCAUGGAGAGGCUCAAAGGGCUACUGCGAUGCCCACGACAGACAGAGUUUUUUGUGCGAGAGGAAUCUGGCGACGCUUAUACGGCAGUACUGACGCUACAGAAAUCUGAGGCUAUGAGAAUCUUGAAUGACUUGAACUAUCAGGAUAUAGACAAUCACAUAAUAAGCUUGGAGGUAGAGCGACCCGAAGAUUACUCGGAUGAAGGAAGAAUCAGAAUAUCAGGACUUCCCAGCGACGUUACUGCAAAGGAACUAUGGGAAAUCUAUCGAAGAUUUGGAGUAGUUCUCUUAAUGAAAAUCUAUCCAGACUACACAGCACAAGUACUGUAUAGUGAACCAAGUGCCGCACAGAGAGCAAUUCAAGAGACGACCUCACUUCUUGUUCGAAACGGCCGGUUGAGACCAGCACUGUAUGCGGAACCCAGAGGCUUGCGACCGGUCCGGCCCAUUGGCAUUUCUGUGCCGCAGAAUAUUUCCGGGCGGGCUAUUCAGAACCUCCAGAGAAGUGGGCAAUCAACAGGACCAUCACCGGCAUUUGCCCGUGCGCCUCCUUUGGGGCCUGCUGGUACAUCUCAGUCUCAUGCCCAAACCCCACCCCCAAAUUUGGCCUACCAGAGCGAAAGGCGUAAGCAACUCCGCAGACCGCAUGAUGGAAUGAUACCGUCAAAGAGGAUCAUUGUAGUUUCCGAGGACAAAAAGAAAGUCUCGUCAAUACCGGAAUCACUUUCAACGUCUUCCGCUCCUGCUACAGUUGGAACCGCGGCUUUGGAGAGCACUCAAGCCGAAACUUUCCGGACAAAACAUUGCGAAUUACCGACUGCCACCAAUCCGCAAUUAGCAAAUGUGGAGUUGACAAUAAAACAAUUGCGAAGCAAAUGUUUAUUAGUGGAUAGGUCCCGUCAUCCUACUCCCCAAUUGAUAGCACCAAUUGCCUAUAAUUUUCUUUAUUGCCAAGAUUUGCAGCAAGAUCGUUUCCAAUGUAUUACGUGGGGAGCUCCGGAGCUAAUGGAUGAUCCUGUUAAGCAGAAGAUUUUCGUUGCCGAAGGCGCACCAUAUCCUCAGCUGGGCAUUUUCACUUCUGAGCUUUACCGACCUCGUCGAGCAGAAAACCUGCAAUCUACCCUUAAUACCGCUUUCCGCAGCACCGUCACUUCUCAAACUUUGCACAUUCGCAAUAAAGGGCGCAUAAAGUGUCCUGAGCAUCCCAUGGUCAGCAUUAGGUGUCUGCCGAAUGAAAACCUGCUUAUAACCUCCGACGAAGGUUCAUUUCUGUCUGUGUGGGAUUUUCGGACUACGAACGACGCAAAAACUACCAUGAGCUUGAAGAUAAAGAGUGGGCAACUCUCAGGACGCAUAGACGUCGGUGAAAGAAAGGUAGUCAGUGGAGGAAGUGAUGGUUUUGUGCACAUCUGGGACGUGGACGGCUCUGACACGCUUCAUCACCGUAAUGCCAUGUUACCCGUGGCCAGCCAUGAUGUCGGCUUGCCGGGAAGGAUUACUUGCACAAGUAUACAUGACCGAUCCGCCAGAGUCAUAACCGCCGCAACGGACGAGGGAAGUCUGAACUGUAUAGAUAUCCGAAUGGGCAGGAGCAGCGCUAGCAGUUUGAUCACAGGGGCACACAGAGGUUACGUCACUGCCUUGCAAUGUCAUCCCAGGACUGAAUAUCUCGUCCUCUCAGGCUCCGAUGAUUGCACUGUCAGAAUGUGGGACAUGAGGGGCAAGCACACGCCCGUGAAGCAGUUUACCCACGAUGACAAAGUGACAGCCGUUGAGUGGUGCCCGCAUCUGCAGGAUAUAUUUUUGUCCUCGAGCACGGACGGGAGAGUGAUUAUUCACCAUAAGGAGAAGCCACAAGUAGUCCAACGACAUGUUCUACACGGGGCACCGGUUAUUGGCGCUAGUUGGAAUCCAGAUCCCAAUUUCGAGGGCACAAUAGCCAGCUUAUCGCCAGCUCAAGAUGACCGACCUGGAUCUAUUCACGUAUGGAGAGGCAAUGGCUACAUUCAAGCCCUCGCAGAGGCUCAAGCGUGAAGCUAGCGUUCGCUAAGCAGUUGUAAAUAGAUGAGCAAGGGGCAUACCCUAGGAAGGAUUGUUGAUUCCUUAGCUGUAAUGUAAAAAUAGAAAGAUUCUUUUAGAUACA